AGCCACUGUCAUGGUAACUCCCUCAUAUCUCAACUUCAUUUGAACUCCCUUCUCACAUAACAACAAGACCCUCUCUCUCUCUCUCUCUCUCUCUCUCUCUCAGGCUCAUACAAAACAAGUCAGGCAAACACUUUCUGUCAUGUGAAUUCUCUCCUUACUAUUCCUAAAUGUCUAGAAAGGCAAGCAAGAGGGCGAGUUUCAGUCCGGACAUGGAUGACAAGCCCACAAUCCUUCUCGGACAUGGUGGAAGUGCCAAACAUGGAAGAAGCAGAAAGAGGGUUGCCUCUACAUGGUCUUUCAGGCUCACCAAGGAAUCGCAAUUCUCGCCGUCAGAGUUUUUCCGGCGUCUCGGAGAUAAGGCAACGAAAGUUCUUAGAUGUGUGUCGAGCAGUAGGUCUUCACGAAAGGUGUCAUCGUCGAUGCCUCAGUUCGUGAGGUCUCGGUCCUUGGCGGACCAGUCGGAAUCCCACAGAGCUGAAGCUAUUGAGGAUUGCAUCAAGUUCUUGAAUUCCUCGUGCUCACUGCGGAGAUCGAAUUCAGUUGCAAGCGCCUGUUGACGCCCCUCUUUAUUUCAGUGGCUAUCUGCUUUUGCGGAGGCAUAUGAUCAUGCAAACGACGCAAGGGAAGCUCGAGAAUUGUGUUGGGUGAUCAUCGAGAAUCGUUGUUCAGAUUAGAAAGAUACAGGUAUAUGCUUUAGGUGCAAUCCAAUUGUGGUCGAACUGUGAAAACCAUGCGUUUAUUCAGCUGGCAGAAACUUGUUAAGGAAAUCAAAUGGAAGUCAUGUAGCACG